AUGCUACACGAGAUCCUGCUCUCCCUCUCGGGACACCCAUCCCCCCUCCUGCGCUCCGCACCAACCUCCUCCGAAUCCUACUCUCAUGCAGGCAUCACACCCCCCGAGCGAGAACUGCUCGCCCAGAUUGCCCACCUCAGCGAGCUCCAUGUCAAGCUCAUGACCUCGACCGCAGAUGUCGCCUCCCAGCACCCUUCUGCUGUCUGCCGAGCUGUUGCUACUGCCAUCGAUUCGAUCCACCUACACGCCUUUCAACGCAAGGUUCUCGAGGUGGAGAGGGGAAUCCUGAAUAACGACACGGAAUAUGUCGGUGCUUAUAACAUUGUGCCUCUUACUGCUGUGGUGGCAGAGUUCACGCCUUGGACGAGACGGAUCGAGUGGCUCUGGGAAUUGGUCAAGUUCAUCACCUCCAAAGGCUCGGAUGGGUCGACAUGUCAUGCUGCCAAAAUCAUGAAUCAUCUGCGGAGUGAGAUCCAGAGCGGUCAUAGAGACAUUGAGGAGACGGCUCUGAGUCUUGUUACUGCCGCUGAAUCAGCGUGGUUGAAGCAAGUUUCUGCAUGGAUACUGUACGGGAGGCUCCCGAGUUUUGGCGGCAGCGACUUCUUCGUACAAAAGGCCCGGGUGGCGGGCGGCGACGAGUUCCAUAGCGUUCCUCGGUUCUUGCCCUCCUUCGUGUCACCCAAGGCAGCUUUGUCGAUGCUAUUCAUUGGCAGAUCACUCAAUCACGUCCGUGUCAAGAGCUCCAUUGAUUCAGAGCUCCGUGGACUCGACCAUCUAUCGUCCAAGCUAAGGGAGCUUUCCAGCCUCAGCUUCCCGCUGGACUCGGCAACUUUUUCUAGAACAAUCACUUCCAUCCGUCUAUCCUUAUCUGAAAACACUCUUCAAAAGAUCUUACCAUUGUCUAAGGUCAUUGAAAUGCUGCAAUUACUCAGGGAGUUUUUCCUUCUCCGUCGGGGCGAGUUCGCCAUGGCGCUUACUCACGAGGCUGACGACAAGCUUCGCGAAAGAUGGAAGGCUGCCGAAAACCUGGCUCAUGAACAGGUUGGGGUAAGCCUUCGUGGAAUAACUGUCAAGGAAGGCGAGGUGGCGGCCGUUUUGGCCAGAACGUGGGCGUUUCUUGCUUCCAUGCAAGGCCGACAUGCCGAUGAAGACGAGCAGCUGGAACUGGCCCGUGAUCUUCUAAGGCUUCAUCUGGUCAAGUCCGAAGCCCCAUCCCCGUUAGCACCUGGUCCUGGACUCAGAGUCAAAGUCAUCAAAACACUCAAUUCGUCCCCAUUCCGAACCCUGCUCUUCACCGUACCUGCAACCUUGUCCAUGCAGCUACCCUCCCCUCUCGACAUGGUAUUCUCUCCGGCGGAUCUCUAUCUAUACUCGUGCAUAAACUCGUAUCUACUCUCGAUGCGCCGUGCUCAUAUCAGGCUCACCAAUCUGUGGAAAAUUUCAUCUCUACGACGACAUCACCCUGCGCCUAGCGGAGCUGAUGAGACGACUGUCGAGCUGCGAGAAAGAUGGUCGGCGCGGACUACCUCAAUGAGAAGUUCCUGGACGACAGCGAGUGCCGCCAUUUUCCUACUGGCAGAAACUGAGGCUUUCCUGCAGACUGAUAUUGUCGAGGCGCUUUGGGUUCAUUUCCAUGCAUGGUUAACUUCGUCAUCAGGUAAUGCAAAUACUACAACAAGUACCCUAGGCAAAGAUUCCGAUAACGAUCGUGAUGGCACGGAUGGUGCAGAUGAACUUGAAGAAGAGUCUGAUGGGGAGGACGAUAUUUGGCUACAGGAAAGUCAAUCCCCAUCUCGUUCCAGAAACCAGCGCGACCAGAGAGACACAAAUCCAGCCCCUAAAAGUCAUCCGCCUCAUGAUCCUCAAUCUUUGGCCACCGCUCACGCCCUCUAUCUUCGCACGUUAGCACAUCGCAUCCUCCUCACUGAGGUUACAUUCACGGAGGCACUCUAUUCUCUCCUUGUUCAUGUCGAUCACUUGGUCGCCCACACCCAUCGGCUCCACUCUAUAUUUAUUGCCCUUGACCUUGAGUCGGACGCGGGCGUGGUGGAUGCAUUUGUAGAUUUACACUCCGAGGAAGCCGAGGUCACGGCUUUACUUCGAGGCGUAGAGCGAAAGGUUCAGCGAGGAAUAGGAGACGUUGUCUCAGCUCUAAGAUCCCUUGAGAACGAUCCCGAAUUCAUUGCAGCCUGGGAAGGUGAUACCUCCAGAGACGAGGCAGCGAGCGACGAGCAUGACAUGUCUUUUGGGGAUGACAGUCUGGGGUAUCGGCCCCCUCGGCUGGGAAGUAUCACUAGACUUUUGAUGAAGUUGGAUUUCGGCACCUGGCUUGGCCCCCAGUCGGAUUGA